UUGAAGACUUUAUUGGAAAUUAAUUACGACAAUUAGUCGCUUAAAAGAGCUGGAAAUUUUUUUUUAUUCGCAUUAUUUACUAUUAGCUAACUAUUAUCUCCACAAGAUGGCUGAUCCUCUGAUCUGGUCCAUCUGAUGCUGUAUUUCUGUGAUUUUGUUAGUGAUUGUUCAUCGUUUCAUUACAAUAAAUACGAUCAAACCUGUUCUAGAGUUUUAAUAUUUCAAUUCUCCUUCGCUCUCUUUUCUUUUCUCCCUCUCUCUAUCUUUAUAUAUCUCUCUUUCAAUCUUUAAUCUCUGUGAUCUUUUGCAUUUUUUCUCCCUCUUCUAUACUCCCUCUUUCUCUCUCUAUCGGUCUCACUGUGUUUACAUCUUCUCUGCGAUUUGGAUGAUGAGUGAUAAUUUCCAUGGACGUUUAAUUGAUCGCCAUUCUUCGCAAAAUAACCACCGAUACUGUGGUAAUCAUCGACCCAAAAGUUAUUUCAGUGAUGAUGUUACUGGUGAAGAAGAAUUUGAUCCAUUUGAAGGAGAUGAAGUGGACGAGAGGGCUGAUAUGGCUUCCUUUGCUCCACCAGAAUCAAAAUGGCUACAUCGUCAGAUGAAUCGGACAACAGCUGAACAGUUGCUACAAGGAAAUGGUAAAGUUGGAAGUUAUUUGGUUCGUGAAAGUGACCGUAAAAAGGGACUUUUUGUCUUGUCAUACUUGGGAGAGUCCGGAAUCAAUCAUUUUCAAAUAAAAUCACUUUUUGGUGCCUAUUAUAUUGGUGGUCGUCAAUUUUCAUCUCUACGACAUUUGAUUGGAUUUUACACCAGUUUUUGUGAUUUACUUAAAAAAGAGAGACUUCUACACCCCGUUCCUCCGAAAGAGGUAAAUCUAUUUUGGACUGAAAGCAAUCUUACUCGUUUGCCUUUUCGUGAAAGGAAACGUGUUGUUGCUGUUUUACCUUAUUCACAAUUACCAGAAACAGAUGAAUUGAGUUUCUCUAGAGGGGAUAUUUUUACCGUUCACAAUGAUCUUGGAGAUGGAUGGCUUUGGUGUACUUUGGAAAGAACACAAGAAAGUGGAUUGGUUUUCAAGGAACUUGUUGAAGAGCUUGAGGAUAAUAGUGACCCCAACGAUAUUUAUCCGUGGUUUCAUGGUGCAAUUAGUAAAGAUGAGGCCGUUGACAAGCUGAGAAAAAUGGGAUCUGGAAGUUUUUUGAUCAAAAACAGUGACAAUAGUCCAGGACACUAUUCCCUUUUUUUCUACAUGAGCAACACUAUCCAUCGUUUCCGAAUUGAAAAACGAGGUUCCCGGUAUAUUAUGGGGAAUCGAAUGUUUGAAACUCUUGAAGACAUUGUAAUGAUGUAUCGAAAUGAGCAGAUAAUUGCUGGCUACAGACUUGGAACUCCAGUUUUAAAAUCUCCCCUCGAAGCUUCUGUUGCAGCAAGAAGGUCACAAGAGAUUGGAAACAAAUCGGAAGAUGUUUAUGUAACUCUAAGGGAGAGUAGAGAGAUGUCUAAGAAAAACAAAAGCGUUCGAAUGAGAGGUUUUCUCUGCAAGAAAAGUGCAAAAAGUAAAAAAUGGAAGAACUAUUUUUUCGUUUUGGAUUCAAAAGAACAGCAUUUAUAUUAUUACGAAAAUGAUCGAAGAACGAGGCCCAAGGGUCUCGUUGAUUUAAAUUAUAGUUUCUUAUACCUUGUUCAUGAUUCCUUGUUUGAAAGACCAAAUUGUUUUCAACUAGUUGAAAGACCCUUACCCUGUAUGAGCACUGUAUAUUAUUUGUGUGCACCAUCUUAUGAAAUCCUUCAGGAAUGGAUUCAAGCUAUCAGACCAUUUUGUGUUCAACAAUUGAUGAAAGGUCAAUCUUUGUCAUCAAACGCAACCGAAGUUCGCACAUUAUUUGUAACAUUAUUGGAAGCUCAUCGUUUACCCAUAAAACUAGUCCCUCACCCGUUUUGUAUCAUAUCUCUUAAUCAAGUUAAAGUCUGCCGCACUCAAGUUAAAUGUCCACCUGAUCCUAUUUGGGAAGAGGAUUUUGUUCUUGAAGAUAUGCCAUGUGAUGUCAACUCUUUUUCCAUAACACUUUAUACAAAAGGGAAACGUUCAAAAGAUACUGAAGUUGCUGAAAUGGUGAUUGAAUUAAAUAAGCUCAAUAACGGUAUUGAAAUAGAAGACUGGUUUCCAUUAACUGGUAUCUGUCCACCAAUGAAUAACGAAUGGGGUUCUCUUCGUGUACGAAUAAGAUAUGUUCAUGAAUUGAUUAUGCCUUCACAUGAAUAUGAUGCCUUGAAAGAACUUUUAAUGGCAGAAGAUUUGGAAGUUAUCUCUGUUCUGGAGGAAUUUUGUCAUCGUGAUCGUGCUCCAUUAGCUAAUGCACUGUUGCGUGUUUUCAAACAUGAAUCCAAAGAAGCUAUUUUGCUCAAAUCAAUGAUUGAAAGAGAAAUCAAAAGGGAAAAUGAGACUUCCACAUUAUUCCGAAUGAAUUCAUUAACAACCACUUUAAUGGAUCAGUAUAUGCGAACAACUUGUCAUACAUUUUUAAUGAAAGCCUUGAAAGAUUCUCUACAACGAGUUCUUGAAACUCGUCAAUCUUGUGAACUUAAUCCUAGUCGUUUGGAUAGCUUACAGGAAGCUUGUGCCAAUGCUGAACAUUUAUUAUCUCUUCUAGAUGAUGUUGUUGAAAAAAUAUUUCGCUCUGUUGAACACUGCCCAGCGACACUUAGAUAUAUUUGUGGCUGUUUACAAAGAGCUGUUUCUGCCAAAUGGCCAAAUGAUCAUUAUGUUAAAACAAGAGUUGUUGGGAGCUUCAUCUUUCUUCGUCUCAUCUGCCCUGCUAUUCUUAACCCACGAGUAUUCAACAUCAUAAAUGAGACACCAUCGGAAAUAGCCGCUCGAAGUCUCAUAUUAAUCGCCAAAUCUUUACAAAAUUUAGCCAAUCUUGUUGAAUUUGGAGUCAAGAAUAUUGUCCACUCUGAUCGAUUCGGAGAAGUUAUUCCUCCGAAUAAAAGGGAGCCUUGGAUGGAAGUUGUCAAUCCAUUUAUAUUGAAAAACAAAGCCAGAAUGAUCAAAUUUCUCAAUGAUUUAUCGAAUGUUUAUGAAUGCCCUGACCCAGAGGAUAUUCCUAGAGGAGAUGCAUCCAGAGAACUAGCUACAGUUCAUUCUUUAUGUGAACUUUACAAAGAUGAAAUCUUUAAUCUCAGCCAUAAUAGAACAACGCUCAGAAAACUGGUCGCAGUAUCCGAUAUGCUUACUAAACACAAACUUCAUUACUCGGAAGCUUGUCAAACUACAUUAAGCUGAUUGUGGCAUUUUGCUUUUCAAAUCGAUUAAAAUCAAAAUCAACAAUUAAAGGUACAAAAGGAGAACACACAAUACAGAAUGAUAGUGAAUUGUUUCAAACCUUACGCUCAGUUUAUUAAGAAAAUAUCAAAUCUUUAAAAGAUCGUCUCUACUUGGAAAGCUCAGUUAUUUCAUUGAUGCCAAUCAAAUCAAACUUACAAAAACAGGACAACUAGACAAAAGGCUUUUUUCAUCUUCAUGUUUCUUCAUAUUCCAAUAAUCUACUCAUCUUUAACCUGUAUUCAAAUGCUAAUCAAUUGAUUAUGGACAACAAUCUUGACCCAUCUUGCAAACUUAUCAAAAUAAUUUAGUUAAUCAAUUUCUUUGACAUAUUUCUUUGACUUUCUUGUUAAUAACUUGUUGUACAAGUGGAAAUAUUUUGUUUGUAUCUCCAGUUAAACUAUUUACAGUAUUUGAUAAAUUCAAAUUGUCAAUCCCAAGCAAUUACCAAUCAUCGAAGCAACAAAAAACAAUUCAACCUGUUUAACAAUUUUCAAUAUUUCCUUUCUGUAACUUUCUCUUUUUGUCUUCCAUUCAUCUCAUUUCAUUUCUGCAUCAUUUCUGUCAAUUACCAUGUUUUCUAUCAUUCAAUUGUUUCCGCACAUUAACUUUAUUCCUCAGCAUAAAGAACAACUAUUUAUAAUAAUGAUUUCACAAGACAACAACUUUAUAAUGAUAAUUAUCAAUGAUCUGCAAUUUAAUAGAAUCUGUUAAUGACAAUUAAACUGAUUACAAAGAAAAA